CGCUGUCAAUCCGUGUGGCUCGCGGCCGGCGCGGUCCUGCAGUGGCGCGGGCGGCUCUGGGACCCUCGGGCUCCUCACUCAGAGGGGUACCAUGGACGACAAGGAGUUAAUUGAAUACUUUAAGUCUCAGAUAAAAGAAGAUCCUGACAUGGCCUCGGCAGUGGCUGCCAUCCGGACUUUGCUGGAGUUCUUGAAGAGAGAUAAAGGGGAGACAAUCCAGGGCCUGAGAGCAAACCUCACCAGUGCCAUAGAGACCCUGUGUGGCGUGGACUCCUCCGUGGCCGUGUCCUCUGGCGGGGAGCUCUUCCUUCGCUUCAUCAGCCUUACCUCCCUGGAAUACUCUGAUUACUCCAAAUGUAAAAAGAUCAUGAUUGAGCGCGGAGAACUUUUUCUCAGGAGAAUAUCACUGUCGAGAAGUAAAAUUGCAGAUCUGUGCCAUACUUUCAUCAAAGAUGGGGCGAAAAUACUGACUCAUGCCUACUCCAGAGUGGUCCUGAGAGUCCUGGAAGCAGCCGUGGCAGCCAAGAAGCGAUUCAGUGUAUACAUCACAGAGUCGCGGCCUGAUUUAUCAGGUAAGAAAAUGGCCAAUGCCCUCUGCCAUCUCAAUGUCCCUGUCACUGUGGUGCUGGAUGCUGCUGUUGGCUAUAUCAUGGAGAAAGCAGAUCUUGUCAUAGUUGGUGCUGAAGGAGUUGUUGAAAACGGAGGAAUUAUUAACAAGAUUGGAACCAACCAGAUGGCUGUGUGCGCCAAAGCACAGAACAAGCCUUUUUAUGUGGUUGCAGAAAGUUUCAAGUUUGUACGGCUCUUUCCACUAAACCAGCAAGACGUCCCAGAUAAGUUUAAGUAUAAGGCAGAUACUCUCAAGUCUGUGCAGACUGGACAAGAUCUCAAAGAGGAGCAUCCAUGGGUCGACUAUACCGCCCCUUCUCUAAUCACCCUGCUGUUUACAGACCUGGGCGUGCUGACCCCCUCGGCAGUCAGUGACGAACUCAUCAAGCUCUAUCUAUAACCACCAGGUCCUUUCCUGCCACCGUACACCUAAUGUAAUUGAGGCAGGGUGAGUAGCCACAUGACCUCCCAAUGAGCCAGGCCAAACUGAAUUGUUUUUUGUGAAGACUUACGGACUAAGGCUUUAAAAUCAUAAAUCUUGGAGAAUCUUUCUUACUUAUUUCAGUCCCAUCUGAAAUGUGGCCGUGGCCGUGGUUCUAUAACCCAACCUAAAUUGUGCUUACGGUUUCUAGAAACUUCCAUGUUCAGUUUCCAAAAAUACAAGUUAGAUUAUUGGCUACUGAAUGAAAGGUGUGCCCCAGUCCACCUCCCUUCAAGCUGCCCUGCACUCCAGACUGACUUGCCAAAAGCAUCCAUAAAAGAGAUACAGGCCAAAAAGCAGGUGUCCCUAACUACAGCCACAUCCUCUGCAAUAAAUGGCUAAUGGCUGGCCAGGACAUGUUACACCUGGUGCCUUAAAGAAAGGCAAACAGCAACUGCUGAAUUUGCAUCUGGCUUCCUGUGGUGAGCACGACCCAACAGGAUCAAGCCAAACGGAAAAACCGGGGUACCGAGAGAACACGAGGAAGGCAGAAACGGCAUUCAGCAGUCGUAACCUGCAUGGCUCAGCACUAAUGGAGAUGCCUUCCAGAGUAUGUCAACUGAAAUUCUGUAUCUGUAAAAGAUGUGCACUUAACUUUAAACUUGUUUGGGACCUAAACAGCUUUUUAAAAUUAUACUUGGGAACAAAUUCAGCAUCUUUUCAAAUAAAUUAUAUGAAAGAUUUUUGA